AUCCGUGCAAAUCGUCUUAAUAUUUACGAUAAUGCCCUCAACGUGUCAACUUGGUCUUUGUUCCCUAUGCCUUCUCUCCAUUACAGUUGCCGAGUUCACUCGGGUUUUCCCCUCUUCGUCUCCGUUCUGAAAACGCAAGAGCAUCUUCCAUGGCUGCUAAGUCUGUCGCAACUCCUCUCGGCGGCCAUCGCUUCUUGAUAUUCCCGAGUUGCCCUUCCUCUUCCCGCCUUCCCACGAGCCGGCUCUCCUGUUCGCCGUCGAAGCGUAACGACGGUGUCGCGUCCACUGUUGCCGUUAAUUGUUCCCGUGGGUUGGGUCUGACUCGGUUGAACUCGGUCCUGUCGACUCGCCGUCGGAUCAUUCCGGUUCGCGCCGUCGACUCGGGGCUCCCUCACCAGGGGUCUGCAGAUUUUGGGAAAAGUAAAGCAUAUGAAGAAUGGGAUUCAUGGACGGCGAAAUUUUCCGGUGCAGCGAACUUUCCGUUUCUGAUGCUACAGUUGCCGCAGAUUAUCCUCAAUGCCCAGAAUCUUAUGGCGGGAAACAAGACAGCCCUUUCGGCAGUCCCAUGGCUGGGGAUGUUAACUGGUUUGCUUGGAAACCUGUCGUUGCUUUCGUAUUUCGCUAAGAAGAAAGAAAAGGAAGCGGUUUUGGUGCAGACACUGGGAGUUAUCACAACCUACGUUGUUCUACUGCAGCUCAGAAUGGCUGAAGCAAUGCCUUUGCAGCAUUUUGUUGCUACUUCAACCAUUGUGCUUAUGGGUCUUGCAUUGAACUUCAUGAACUACUUUGGUCUGCUUACUGCUACAAUAUGGCAAUUGUGGGAAGACUUUAUCACUGUCGGUGGACUCUCAGUUCUUCCUCAAAUCAUGUGGUCUACUUUUGUCCCGUAUGUACCAAACUGCAUCUUGCCGGGAGCGACAGCUUUUGUUAUCGCUGUGGCAGCAAUUGUCAUGGCCCGUACCGGGAAACUCUCGGAGAAAGGUGUUAACUUUGUCGGAUCAAUUUCCGGAUGGACGGCCACACUUCUUUUCAUGUGGAUGCCUGUCUCACAGAUGUGGACAAAUUUCCUGAGCCCUGACAAUAUAAAAGGCCUAUCGCCUUAUACAAUGGUGCUGGCUAUGAUGGGGAAUGGCCUUAUGAUCCCUCGAGCACUAUUCAUCCGCGACCUCAUGUGGUUCACUGGUUCAUCAUGGGCAACCCUCUUGUACGGAUAUGGCAAUGUCCUAUGCUUAUAUAUAUUUAACUGCACCAGCAAGGGAUUCUUCGUGGCGGCUACGCUCGGUUUGAUCUCAUGGAUCGGGCUGACUUUGUGGAGAGACGCAGUGGCAUACGGACAGAACUCGCCAUUCAGAUCUUUGAAAGAGUUGGUUGUUGGAUCAUAACCUCCGGACACACAGAACGCUUGUGUUCGUGGUUUCAUAUUGUCUCCGACCGUUGUGGAUACAAAUUUCAAUAUGCUGCAGACGAAUAGAGUGAAUUCAUUCAAUACCCACACGUGGUGAUGAAGAAAAUGGAGGGUAUUUGUUAGUUUUCAUAAAGUGAUUAAUC